GAAUAAAACUGAGAAAAUGCUGAAGCACAUCGUGGCCACUGUCCAGCCGGGCCAUGUCUUUCUGGCCCGGCGUCAUUUCUGGGAGGUGGUGGACGUGCGGGCGGAAAAGGUGGGUAGGACACGGCGCUUCUUCCACAAGAACAACAAGAAGAAGGAGGGGGACAAGAACACGUUCCGGCUGGAGAAGGACACCUUCGGGGAGCUAAAGGUGCCGGCGAACAGGCUGUAUGGAGCUCAAACAAUGCGCUCCAAGAUGAACUUCCCCAUUGGCGGGUACGCCGAGACCAUGCCGAUGCCCCUGAUCCAGGCCAUGGGCAUACUGAAGAAGGCCUGUGCCGAGGUGAACAGGAACUUUGGCCUGGAUCCGCAGAUAUCCGAAGUGGUGUCCUGUGCCUGCGACGACGUCAUAUCGGGCAAGUUCUACAGGCAGGGUCACUUUCCGCUGGUCAUCUGGCAGACGGGAUCCGGCACCCAGAGCAACAUGAACGCUAAUGAGGUUAUCAGCAACGCUGCCAUCCGCAUGCUGGGCGGCGAGCUGGGCUCCAAGACACCAGUGCACCCGAACGACCAUGUAAACAAGUCGCAGAGCUCCAACGAUACAUUCCCCACAGCCAUACACAUCUGCGUGGCCAUGGAGCUGAACGAGCGACUUAUUCCGUCGGUGAUGCACCUGCGAGAUGCCCUUAAAGCCAAGUCAAACGAGUUCAAGGACAUCAUCAAGAUCGGACGAACGCAUAUGAUGGACGCCGUGCCGUUGACACUAGGCCAGGAGUUCAGUGGCUUUGCCCAACAGCUGACCUACGGUCUGGACAGGAUCACGGGCUGCCUGCCGCGUGUCUACGAGCUGGCCAUAGGCGGCACCGCUGUCGGUACUGGGCUGAACACACAAAAGGGCUUCGCCGAGCAGGUGGCCAAGCGAAUUGGGGAGCUCACCAGCCUGCCCUUCGUGUCGGCGCCAAACAAGUUCGAGGCGCUGGCCGCUCGCGACGCCAUGGUGGAGGUUCAUGGCGUCCUCAACACGAUCGCAGUCAGUCUGAUGAAGAUUGCCAAUGAUAUUCGUUUCCUGGGCUCGGGUCCGCGUUGCGGCCUCGGUGAGCUGUCGCUGCCGGAGAACGAACCUGGUAGCUCCAUCAUGCCUGGCAAAGUGAACCCGACGCAGUGCGAAUCGAUGACCAUGCUGUGUGCACAGGUGAUGGGCAACCAGGUGGCGGUGACAAUUGGCGGCGCCAACGGCCACUUCCAGCUGAACGUCUUCAAGCCGUUGAUUGUGUCCAAUGUGCUGCGCUCCAUCCGGUUGCUAGGUGACGGUUGCAUGUCCUUUAGCAAUAACUGUGUGGAGGGGGUUAAGGCCAACAAGGACGUCAUCGACAAGAUCAUGAACGAGUCCUUGAUGCUGGUGACGGCCCUCAAUCCGCACAUUGGAUACGACAAGGCCGCCCAGAUCGCCAAGACGGCGCACGCGAACAAGACGACGCUGAAGGAGGAGGCCCUCAAGACCGGCAUUACCGAGGAGCAGUUCAAUGAGUGGGUCGACCCCAGGAAGAUGCUGGGACCCAAAUAGUCAGAAACUUAUCUUGCAGACCUAUUAAUUCUAAAUUUUACGUUUUUAGUAACGUUUAGUAAUUUCGGCGGUAAGAAAUUGUAAGUUUUCAGUGUGACCACACCAAAGCUUUCAUGGCUUGAACUAUUAAGGGCUGUCGUUGACCGUAUUCUUAUUUAAUUUUAAUG